CGUUACUGUGGAGCUAGUCCCGCCUUUUCAGAGAGAAAGAAACAGACGGUGAGGGGAAGAUCAAGUACUUAUGCCACUUCACUGCUGGGCAAUGACCCUUUAUCCCCGUUAAGUCCCGAGCAGUGUUGGCGCAAACUAGUCCGAGCUAUCUAAUCUACCUUUAAACUUUUUGUUGUGUUUUGGGGCGCGUUUUUUUUUUCGUCUGGACAACAUCUCUCAGUCGGAAACUAAGAGGAAACAAGGUGGUUGACAACCUCUGCUGAGUGACCCCCUAUCGACCUCCACGCGCUCUCCACCUCUGCAUGAUGUCAUCUCAGGCUAAGCCUGUCCCAGGGCCACGACCAGUGACCCCUCCACUGGUCUCUCCAGGAUCUCCACGUUCCCCAGAGUCACCAGAGUCCCUGCAGGCUCCAGCCUGCAGACGGAGAGCCCGCUCGCCCUCCCCCAUGAGAGGCUACCUCAUCCCCAGCCCUCUGCCCACACGCAGGAACAGGACCUGCUCAGCGACGGCUCGUGCGUCAGAGGGUCCAGUAUUUACUGGUGUGUGUAAAUGUUUUUCCCGCUCCAAAGGCCAUGGCUUCAUCACGCCAUCGGAUGGAGGGAACGACAUCUUUGUCCAUAUCUCAGACAUCGAGGGAGAGUACGUGCCAGUGGAAGGUGACGAGAUGAGCUACAAAGUGUGCUCCAUCCCUCCAAAACUUGAGAAGGUCCAGGCGGUCGAGGUGACCAUAACUCAUCUCAAACCGGGAACCAAACAUGAGACCUGGUCGGGACACGUCGUCAGCCGCUGAAAGCUGAACCUUGCAGGCAUUCCACUUUGCAGCGUUGGAGAGCAACCUGCUGUGGUGACAGCAGAACUUACGUGGAGGGUUGAAGAGCAGGAAUUGUGCUGAUACUAUAGGAGACCUCCAUGCUACGUAAUCUAGCACCAUGGGGUUAUUUUGCAGGCAUCCUAUGUGUGCUUGCAUCUACCCAGAGGACGUACAGCUCUGUUUGUGCCUAUGUAAUCAAAUCUGUUGUCUGUGUGUGACCACGUGUGGAUGGCUGUAUAAGUUAAAUAAAGCAUUUUCAGCUGGCA